AUGUGUCUGCUUAAGGCUCGAGUGAAGCGCUUGGGAGAAAUAAAUGUGGACUUGGAUUGGUGGAGCAAUUCAAAUGUCACCCAUGCGGAAUUGGUUAAAUGCAUCAAAGCUCAUAAAAUUAUUUUACACUUAUACGAUGUGCUUCAACCUGUUAUAUCGCGCAUCAUCUUUAUUCAGUUCAUUAUGUGCGGCUCUAUAUUGGGGAUUGCUACAAUAAACAUUGUGGUUUUCGCAGAUUCUUCGACGCGUCUUGCCAUAUUGGGCUACAUGUUGGCGGUUGUAAUGCAAUCCUUUCCACUUUGCUAUUAUUGUAAUUGUCUCAUAGACGAUUGCAACGAUUUGGCCGAUACAUUGUUCCAUUCGUCAUGGUACCAGCAGGAUCAGCGAUAUAAGAAAACUGUUGUGCUAUUUUUACAAAAGUUGCAACAGCCCCUGACUUUCACAGCGAUGAAUAUAUUUGAAAUAAAUUUGGCAACCAACAUAAAUGUAUGGCCCGUAGCUAAGUUCGCUUUUACCAUCUAUGCGCUAGCCCAGGGCAUGAAUUUGAACGAAAAGUUACAAAAAAUAUGA